UUGUUUCGUGUACCGCAGUUGAGCUCAGUAGCCAAUGAGAUUCAGACAACUGUUAAUCAAGCCUUUACGUCAGAUUGCAGUAUAUAAUCGCGAAAUUCGCCAUUUCGAACAAAAUUUGAGCGUCUCAACGUUGCGUUUAUACAAGAGCAAGAUGCAGAUCUUUGUAAAAACACUUACUGGAAAAACUAUCACUUUGGAGGUGGAGCCAAGUGAUACCAUUGAAAAUGUAAAAGCCAAGAUCCAAGACAAGGAAGGAAUUCCUCCUGACCAACAGAGGCUAAUAUUUGCAGGAAAGCAAUUGGAAGAUGGUCGAACCUUGUCUGAUUAUAACAUUCAGAAGGAAUCCACUCUUCAUUUAGUCCUCAGGUUGCGUGGUGGUAUGCAGAUAUUUGUCAAGACUCUAACCGGAAAGACCAUCACUUUGGAGGUAGAACCCAGUGAUACAAUUGAAAACGUAAAAGCCAAAAUUCAAGAUAAAGAAGGAAUUCCUCCUGAUCAACAGCGACUUAUCUUUGCUGGAAAACAGUUGGAGGAUGGGCGUACACUCUCGGAUUAUAAUAUUCAGAAAGAAUCUACCCUGCACUUAGUUUUGCGACUGAGAGGCGGUAUGCAGAUUUUUGUUAAAACUCUUACUGGAAAGACCAUAACAUUGGAAGUUGAGCCCAGUGAUACGAUAGAAAAUGUCAAAGCAAAUCCAAGACAAGGGGGCAUUCCACCUGAUCAGCAAAGGCUUAUAUUUGCUGGUAAACAGUUGGAAGAUGGACGUACAUUGUCAGAUUAUAACAUCCAAAAAGAAUCAACACUGCAUCUUGUCCUAAGGCUUCGAGGAGGAAUGCAGAUCUUCGUGAAAACUCUUACUGGGAAGACGAUCACCCUAGAAGUUGAACCCAGUGACACAAUUGAAAAUGUUAAAGCUAAAAUCCAAGAUAAGGAAGGUAUUCCACCUGAUCAACAGAGGCUUAUAUUUGCUGGUAAGCAGUUAGAAGAUGGUCGUACAUUAUCGGACUAUAACAUUCAGAAAGAAUCCACUCUGCAUCUAGUUUUGAGGCUUCGAGGAGGGAUGCAGAUAUUUGUUAAAACUCUUACUGGAAAAACUAUCACAUUGGAAGUUGAGCCUAGUGAUACAAUAGAAAAUGUAAAAGCUAAAAUCCAGGAUAAAGAAGGUAUUCCUCCUGAUCAACAAAGGCUUAUAUUUGCAGGGAAGCAGCUAGAGGAUGGACGUACAUUAUCAGACUAUAAUAUUCAGAAAGAAUCGACUCUGCACUUGGUACUUAGGUUAAGAGGAGGAAUGCAAAUUUUUGUGAAAACUCUUACUGGCAAGACCAUUACUUUAGAGGUAGAGCCCAGUGACACUAUCGAAAACGUGAAAGCAAAAAUCCAGGAUAAAGAAGGUAUUCCACCUGAUCAGCAGCGUCUGAUCUUUGCUGGUAAACAAUUAGAAGAUGGCCGUACUCUUUCGGACUAUAAUAUUCAAAAAGAAUCUACCCUUCAUCUAGUCUUGAGGCUUAGGGGAGGUAUGCAGAUAUUUGUGAAAACACUGACGGGCAAAACAAUUACAUUAGAAGUUGAGCCCAGUGACACAAUUGAAAAUGUAAAAGCAAAAAUCCAAGAUAAAGAAGGAAUCCCUCCAGAUCAGCAGAGACUUAUUUUUGCUGGUAAACAACUUGAAGAUGGCCGUACUCUGUCAGACUAUAACAUUCAAAAAGAGUCUACUCUUCAUCUGGUCUUGAGAUUAAGAGGUGGAAUGCAGAUAUUUGUCAAAACAUUAACAGGUAAAACCAUAACAUUGGAAGUCGAGCCCAGUGAUACUAUAGAAAAUGUUAAAGCAAAAAUACAAGAUAAAGAAGGUAUUCCGCCAGAUCAGCAGAGGUUGAUUUUUGCUGGCAAGCAGUUAGAAGAUGGCAGAACAUUAUCUGACUACAAUAUUCAAAAGGAGUCCACAUUACAUCUUGUUUUGAGGCUGAGAGGUGGCAUGCAAAUAUUUGUGAAGACUCUAACUGGUAAAACAAUAACUCUUGAAGUAGAACCAAGUGACACAAUAGAAAACGUGAAGGCAAAAAUCCAAGACAAAGAAGGAAUUCCUCCAGAUCAGCAACGUCUUAUUUUUGCUGGCAAGCAGCUUGAGGAUGGCAGAACGCUUUCUGAUUAUAACAUUCAGAAGGAAUCUACUCUGCAUCUUGUUCUGAGACUCCGUGGAGGAAAUUAAAAUAAAAUUUUAUUUUGGACUGUAUGCUUAAUUUUUUACAAAUUCUUUCUUGUUUGUGAUUGAUUUGGCCCAAUAAAAAUUCAUUUCAGCAGUUA